UCCUGCUCAGGACCCAGGUGAGCCUGGAGGCAGAUAAUUCAAGGUCCUGAAAUUGGAGCGGAUGUGGAGCUCAGAUCAGGCUGUGUUGUGUGGAAAGAGAGAGGAUCAUCCUUGCUUGGAUGUUUUGUGCUUCCUAAAGGCCCGUCCUCAGAGGAGAGUUCCCCGGCUCUCUGCUCAGAAGGAUGCGGAACAGAAGCACCGUGUCAGACUGAAUGCCAAGCGGUGUGCCACUUCUGUCAUCGCGAAUGAAAUCCCACCCUUUAAAAAAUGGAAGUUUAGCAGCAAAAGGAAGCCGGUGGAAGACAGACGUGCUCAUCAAGUUGCUCCAGAGAGAGCCAAGGUCAGACACAUGGGGCUGUGUACGCCUUCUGUCAGGCACACGGUGCCGUGUACGCCUUCUGUCAGGCACACGGUGUUGGAAAGCACCGAGCAGCAAGAAUUGGAAAAGCGAAUGAAAAUGCAGCAGGGAGUUGUGGAGAUGCCAAAGAAUGAAGAAUUCAAGAAAUUUGCUCUUGCAGGAGCAGGCCUACCUGUGAAGAAGUCAGCCAGCCAGGUAACCAAGUCUGUUGACUUCCACUUCUGCACCGAUGAGAGAAUCAUACCACACAAGAGCCAGGAGUACAAGGAAGUGAACUUCACAUCUGAACUGCAGAAGCAUCCUCCCUCUCCUGCCCGAGUGGCUAAGGGAUGCACCGUUAUUAAGCCUUUCAACCUGUCCCAAGGAAAGAGAACAACAUUCGAAGAAACAACUUCUACGUAUGUGCCCCUUGCACAGCAGAUCGAAGCCUUCCAUAAACGAACCCCGAACAGAUACCACUUGAGGAGCAAGAAGGAUGGAAUGAACCUGUUACUGUCCAAACCGUCAGCGGUCAGGGUCUGCAGAAACCCACAGACUCCUGUUCUGCCAACCAAACAGUGCACGAGGCCGGUGACCGGCACAAGUGCAGCAGACCAGGAGGCUGAGCUGCUAGAGAAAACGCAACGACACAAAUUCAAAGCCCAGGAGCUUGAUCCCAGAGUUCUUGAAGAUGGGCCCGUCUUGCCCAAGAAACCACCUGCGAAGCCACCCACUCAACCCAUCGGGUUUGAUUUGGAAAUCGAGGAAAGAAUUCAGGAGCGAGAGCCGAAGAAGAGAUCGGAGGAAGAGCACUUUGAGUUUCAUUCCACACCCUUACCCACCAAGAUCCUGGAAGGUGGUGUGGGGGUGCCUGAGAAGAAAGGCGUGAGCCUGCCAGAGAAGAAGGUGAAAACAGUGACCCAGAUGGAGCCCUUCGGUUGGGAGACUGACAGAAGUGGGGCUCUGAAGAUGCCGACUUGGCAGCACCAGCUGGAGGAAGAACUGGAACAGCCGAAGGAAGCCGCUUGCUUCAAGGCUCGACCAAACACCACCGUCUCCCAGGAGCCCUUGAUUCCCAAGAAAGAGAAGAAAAACACAGCCGUCUGGAAAUCUUUGCGGCUGGCCGCAGAGAAGAGAGCCCAGGCGCGCCAGGAGCUGGAAAGGAGAAUGGCUGAGCUCCAAGCCCAGAAAGCCCGGCGCUUGGAGGAGUCGCGGCAGCAGGCGGAGGAGCGGCAGCAGGCGGAGCUGGCCCAGCUGCGGAAGGAGCUGGUCCACAAGGCCAACCCAAUACGUAAGUAUCAGGCUGUGGCGGUCAAGUCAAGUGACCAGCCUCUGACCGCGCCCGUGUCUCCCAAGUUCUCCGCCCGAUGCCACUGCUGAGCUCGGGGAGUGAGGUGCCUCCUGGGACCGGGAGCUGCUCUGCAUUUCCGCCAAGAGCCUUCUUCACUGCCACGGGCACGGGCGUGGCAGACAUUGUUACCUCCUCUGGCCUGACAGUGCUCACCUAUCUAGGACCGACUGUGUCUUGGUUUCCUUAAAGCCUGCAUUGGCUCUAAUAGAAUUUGCAUUCUCUGACUAGAAUUUAGUCACAAUAUAAUCUACUGUCCCUUUUAAAAAAAUCCGGUUUGUUGUGGAAAUAAAGAUAGUUAAGUGCCCCCCAAAAAUCAUUCCCACUUCAUUUCCUUUCUAUUUUUUGUUUCCAUUGGGUUUACCAGUUUGCGAAGAAUAGGAGCAUCGGAUGCCUAGAGAUGAAAUAACAUGCG